UAACGGGCAAGGUAUGGCCUCCUGAUCCUGAUCCUGAUUCGCUUUUACCGCCAGCAGCGGCGGAUGGGUUCUGUUCCGUCAACUUGGAAUCAGUACCUACAUAGGCAACGACCUACAUACCCAGUCAACCCAACACCAGGUACAUACAAAGGGUGCUUGCUUGGCUGCCGGAUCUUGCUUACUUCAGACCCACGACCCAUGGGUGAUGGAUUACCUACUACAUACAACCGCUCUGCAUGUGUUGGCAAAAAGCAGAAAAAAUGAGUAUCUAUUCCACCUGAAUUCCGCGCAGACGGACCAGGAAGAAGAAGAAAGAGAAGAAGAAGAGAUAGACAAUAAACCGCAUCCCCUCCUCCUCCUCAUUGCGAGAUUCGUCACCAAGGCAGUGGUUGUAUGUAGGGAGGGGACCGCGAUGAAUGGUCACAAGCAACAGAUCGAGGCCAAAAAAGCAAAGAUGCUACUGGUGAAUGUGUGUGUGUGCGUGCGCGUCUGUGGGUGUCUAUGGGUGUCUAUGGGUGUGACUGAUAACGUCGCCGGGACUGGUUUGCGACGGAGGCAUUCUUCUGUGCUGUCUGCUGUCUGCUCAGUCUGUCAGCGUUGCUUCCAGCUGGCUGUCGACGACAUAUCAUCAUAUCUGUUGGUACAUCACUGGUCCGAAAGCAUUGGAUUGUGGAUGGAUGGAUGGAUGGGUGGAUGGAUGGAUGGAUGGAUGGGUGGAUGGAUGGAUGGAUGAUGCGUGUGGAUCUAUCACUGUAUGUAUGUACAACCGAACCGUGAAGAUGGCCCCAAUCCUACCUAUGAUCUCCGUAUCACUUGACUACCGUAUUGCUCGAGGUGUUGAUCACCGGUGCACCGACACCGAGUGCGAGUGAUGCCAGCGCAAACCGCCCAACUACCUACCUAGAGUCCUAGACCCAUCGAGAUCGAAGGGAG